UUGACAACAAGCCCAGCUCGAUGAUCUGCAAGGAGGGCAGCCGCGUGGACAUCGACUCCAAGGAGGGUAUGCAAUCGCAGCAGGCUGCAGCGCCCAUCAUGACCAGUUCGCUGCCGCCGAAUGGCUACAAUACGCUCCAGCAUCGUCGCAAAUCCCAAUUGAUCACGUUCAGCGCCAGCUCCAGCGACAUCAAGAACAGCCUCAGCCAUGAGCUGAUCACGGCCAGCGGUCGACUUAGCUAUGCCGAGGAGCAGCAGCAGCCGGCGGCUCCUGCCACGCCCACUGCAUCAACUCCGACUGCUGAGCAGGAAGUCUAUAGCAGGCGUUCGCUAGAGAUGGGCGAGGAGCUCGCACUGCAGCUGGAGGAGGACGAGGAGGGGGAGGAGGCGGAGGCCGAGGAGCAGGCCCAGGAGGCGAUAGAGCAACAGCAACACCAACAACAACAGCAGGACGAAGAGGACGACGAGGAGGUGGAGGACGGCCUAGUUGUUGAGGAUGUGGAAGAUGUGCUCUACAUGCACGACGAGUUCGAGACGCACAUCGACGCCAAGUCGAACAACGCCAACGACGACAGCGGCGGCGGCAGCUACGAGGACUCCCACGCGCUGCACAGCUCGCUGGGCGGCAGCAAUCGGAAUAGCCUGGAGAAGGACGACGACGACAUCGAGGUGGAUGUGAUUAGCACCGAUGUCAGCUGCUACGAUCAGCUGCUGGGCAGCAGCUGCAACACGCGCCACGGCGACGACGACGAUCUGGCAACGCUAAUCGGCGACAACGACCACCUGGUCAAGGGGCAAAAGGGCCAUGCUGCCGCAACAGCAGCUGCUAACGCAGCGGCUGCUCUGGGCAAAUGCGCUUUGGAGCCGGGCUCGAAUGUUGGCAAUGGCAAUGGCGGCAUUAUCUAUGCCAAUCCAUUUAUGGGUUUGUAA